AUGGGCCCUCUCGCAGCGCCUUGGGGGCACCGGAGAGGCAAGGUGAACGAUGGAGACGAGGGCUCGAUGAAACUAGGGUUGGGAGAGUUUAUUUGGGGGCGCGUGUUCAUACAAUUCAGCGAAUUGGGGAUUUGUUCUUUGGUUUGUCAGACGGUCCUCUUCUCUCUCUACGGUUUCGUCGGACGAUCAGGCCUGACAUCGAAAGGAUCGAGAAAUGGGUGUUACGCAUUGCUUUUGAUGAUGAGAAGAAUCCUUAUCUACCGAAGGUUUUCUAACAGAGCCAUCUUUGGAAAAUUCUUCCCUAAGAGCGCUGCUAGAGCUACUGUGCCAGGAGGUCCAAGUGUACCAUGUAGUACAGCGAAGGCUGUGGAAUGGGACGCUGCUUGGUCACAGAACCUUGACCUGUCGGGUUGUGCGGCUCUUGGAGUUCAUGUUGCAGCUUAUGAGGAAGAUAAAGCCGAAGGUACCCGUCCUAAGAAGCUACAGGCAGAGAAAACUGCAGAAGGCAUUGUUUGAGGAUUAAACAAGGUUUAUAACGAAUGUUUGCAUCGCACAUUUCUCUUAUUUUCUCAAAAGACAAUACUUUAUCAUCUUCCGUAGGGUCAAUA